CCAGCCCCCACCUCCAGGCCCCUGAUCCAAUGGCUUGUUCUUCCUUGAGACAGGGAAUGUGAGCCAGGCCCUGUGCCAAGCCCGGAGCCCUCUCAGAGGAGGGGCAGGAGGGUUCCUGCCCUGGGUCUUCACCCCACCCCUGCUUUCUGACCCCUCCCACCCACGGCACACCCACAAGCCACAUACCAAGCCCACACCUGGAUUUGGGGGCCAUUUGGCUUUUUCGCCUAAACUGGGGUCCUUGCCUGAUUUCCCCUGUUCCCCAAUAUCCCUUGGAGGCACCUGCUUUGUGUCUGAUGGGGAAAUGUCUCUCCGUGGGACCCCUAUUAGCUUCUCCGGGUGUCAUUUCAGAGAACUGCAUCCUGGGCCUUACAGAGAUAGCCACACAGCGGGUGGAGGAGGGCUCCCCACGCCCAGCACACAGGGCAGUUCUGAGGCUCAGGGGAGCGUGAGCAGAAGCACUUUGUAAACUCCAGUAAGCUGUGCAAAUGUCGAGUGGGAUUAGCGCUGAGCCGGACACAUAUCACCCCCGUCCCCCUGCCGCGAGGCCGCUCUUGCUGCAGCCUGAGGGAUGGAAAUGGCUUUGUCUUUGCAGAAUGGCCUGGUUGUGGCCCCGUCCCCAAAAGCCUGAGAUGUGGGAUGAGGCGCAGUGAACACCACGAACACCCUUGAGCUAGGAGGGGCACCCUGGUUCCUUCAGGGUGGCAUAGCGGGGCCACUCCCUGGGGGAGGAAGCUUCCUGCAGGUGCGGCCUUCCUGGAGGGUGGCAGCCCGAGCAGGGGUGAGGAGUGUGAGCUGAGAGAGACACGGAAUGUUGGCUCCGUGGCAGGUGCAGCUGGUGUGAGUUGGGGCCCCCUUUCAGCCCUGGGUGUGGAGGUUUCAGGCAGUGGGCAGGUUUCCCAAAAGUCAGGUGGGGUUUGGAGCCCAGGUUCCUCCCCGCUCACACCUGUGCCUCCCCCUGCAGGGCUGGGGCUCCUUGGGCAGGUGGAGGCAGGCAGCAGGGGCUGGAGGCCAGAUCUGAGCCUCCAAGUGGGGACGGUGGACACUACCAUCAUCUAUGCGUGGCAGGAGGGGAAACUGAGGUAGGAGGGGGAACAGCGGCAGCCUCGGCCCAGCCUGCGGGCUGUGCACUGGGCGGGACUGAAGUCACUGCAGAGGCCACAGAGAGCACGGCUUGGCCCAGAAAGGGUCCUUGAAGCUGUGCCACCACCACCACUGAAGUCAUAACUCCUCUGAAAUCGCAACCGAGCCCAAUUAUGCAAAAAAAACACAAAUUAUGUACGAUGAUUUUUAUGUGUUGGAAAUGUUCAGUCGAAGCCGGGUGAUUACAGGGGACGGGAAGCAGCUGCCACUCUCUGGGAGCCCAUAACUCCCAACAGCUGGGAGCUGUCACUUAUUUACGACGCUGUUUCUGCCAGGAACGAGGGGGUGACAGUGGCAGUGAGGCCUGCUGGGCCGGGAGCCUGGGCAGGCAGCGGCACGAGGCCGGGAGCAGGGCUGGCCCGAGAGUGACCAGAGGGUUGGUUCUUUCAUCCCACAAGCUCUGGGCACAGCUGCAGCAGAGCCUCAGCUGCCCCGGGCGCCCUGGUUCUCCCACGAGGCCUGGCUGGAAAGCUAGAAGCAAAGGGGCCGGAGCCUAGCUGGAUAGGGAGGAGAUGGCUGCCUGGCCCUCCAGGGUGGGGCCUGGAGGCCUGGAGCCGGCCCCCCCCCACCUCGGCGCGCCUGCCUGGCCGCCUGGGGCAGCUGCGACCCUGGAAAAAGGGUGCUGUGUGGAAUUGCUGCUGCUGCUGGUAGCUGCGGGGCUGCCCCUGGGUGGCGGCUGCCCACGGGACUGCGUGUGCUACCCGGCGCCCAUGACGGUCAGCUGCCAGGCGCACAACUUUGCGGCCAUCCCGGAGGGCAUCCCCGUGGACAGCGAGCGUGUCUUCCUGCAGAACAACCGCAUUGGCCUCCUCCAGCCCGGCCACUUCAGCCCCGCCAUGGUCACCCUGUGGAUCUACUCGAACAACAUCACCUACAUCCACCCCAGCACCUUCGAGGGCUUCGUGCACCUGGAGGAGCUGGACCUCGGCGACAACCGGCAGCUGCGGACGCUGGCGCCCGAGACCUUCCAGGGCCUGGUGAAGCUUCACGCCCUCUACCUCUACAAGUGUGGGCUCAGCGCCCUACCGGCCGGCAUCUUUGGCGGCCUGCACAGCCUGCAGUACCUCUACCUGCAGGACAACCACAUCGAGUACCUCCAGGACGACAUCUUCGUGGACCUGGUCAACCUCAGCCACCUGUUUCUCCACGGCAACAAGCUGUGGAGCCUGGGCCCGGGCACCUUCCGGGGCCUGGUGAACCUGGACCGUCUGCUGCUGCAUGAGAACCAGCUGCAGUGGGUCCACCACAAGGCGUUCCACGACCUCCGCAGGCUGACCACCCUCUUCCUCUUCAACAACAGCCUCUCGGAGCUGCAGGGCGAGUGCCUGGCCCCGCUGGGGGCCCUGGAGUUUCUCCGGCUCAAUGGCAACCCCUGGGACUGCGGCUGCCGUGCCCGCUCCCUGUGGGAAUGGCUGCAGAGGUUCCGAGGCUCCAGCUCCGCUGUCCCCUGCGUGUCCCCCGGGCUGCGGCACGGCCAGGACCUGAAGCUGCUGAGGGCUGAGGACUUCCGGAACUGCACGGGACCAGCGUCCCCCCACCAGAUCAAGUCACACACGCUCACCACCACCGACAGGGCUGCCCGCAAGGAGCACCACUCACCCCACGGCCCCACCAGGAGCAAGGGCCACCCGCAUGGCCAUCCACCCGGCUCCCGGUCGGGCCACAGGAAGUCGGGCAAGAACUGCACCAGCCACAGGAACCGCAAUCAGAUCUCUAAGGCAGGCGCCGGGAAACAGGCCCCCGAACUGCCAGACUAUGCACCUGACUACCAGCACAAGUUCAGUUUCGACAUCAUGCCCACGGCCCGGCCCAAGAGGAAGGGCAAGUGUGCCCGCAGGACCCCCAUCCGUGCCCCCAGCGGGGUGCAGCAGGCCUCCUCGGCCAGUUCCCUAGGGGCCUCCCUCCUGGCCUGGACACUGGGGCUGGCGGUCUCUCUCCGCUGAGGACCCAGGGCGUCAGCACCCAGCACUGCCACAUGUCCACCAAGGAACAGAAUUAAUUUUCUUCUUUUAUUAACCAGUGGAAGACCUGCUGGGUUUCAGGAAAAGGCUGGUAGAGGCUUCGGCUGCUGUCUGGAUGCCUGGACCCUGCCAUGUGGAUUAUAAACCCAAAGUGUACAGCCCUAGGCGGGAGGGGUUGGCGCAUCUCAGCCGGCUGUCCCAGCCAGCCCCGCAGAGCACCCAUGGACAGUGUCCACUCCGGCAAGGUGGGAAAAGGCACUCCAAGUGCCCCCUCCACUAGCAACAGUGGGACAAUUGCCCCCAACGGCGGCACCGGGGCUCUGUGGAAUCCCGAUGGUUCGGAGAGGUCCGGAGGGCCCCGUGGUUCCUGGAGAAAGCAGGACGCAGAGAACAAACGAGGCUCACCCACGAGGCUGGGCGGCCAGCAGUCUGGGCACACAUGAGCAGGUGGCAUCUUGGCUCUUGCCUGAGGCCACUGAGUCACCCUGCCCUGAAUUCUACCCUACUCCACCUUCAGCCCCUCCCUCGGGGGUAAUGCCUCUCAUUCCUAAUGUCUCAGGCAACCCUGGCAGACCCAGGCCCAACUGCUGGGAUCCAAGAACCAAUUACCAAAGGAAAGAUCAUCAGAGGCUGAAAUUUAGAACUUCAUCCCGGGCUAUGAGGUUCUCACAGAAGGUGCAGUUUUAUAACUACGUCCACUUAUAUAUAUUCACACUCUACAUAUAAAUAUAUAUAUAUAUACAAAUGCACAGUCCCCUCCCACUCCGUCACCUAACUGUACGUCUUCUCAUGUUUAUAAACUAUACAGAGAACUGUAUUUGCUGAACUAAGGAUUGUAUCGGUGAUUUCUAGCAAGAACAAAGUGAUAGCAUUUGUGUCUAGAAUCCCAGCCUGGCAAUGAUAGUCUCCAAGGAACCUGGGCUUGCCAAGGACCUGGGGCAAGGUGUCAGCAGGGACGGUGAGGAAGGGGAGGCAGCAAGAGUCACUUUGGGGGACCAGUAUUCUUAGAUAUUUACAGCAUUACCUUGUUUUUAUAUGCAACACAAGCCUGUCUGCCACCCUGGAGCACCCUGUCACCCCUGCUGUCGUAGCUGUUGGCUUCAGGGUGAGAAGUGAGAAGCAGCUUGUUGUAUGUCAGGGAGCCAGGCCUUGAGGGUGAGCGAGGUGGAGAAGGGGAAGGAAGGGGCUUUGGGUCUGGAAGCCAGCAGGCCAGGCAGCAUCCGCAGUGUUAGUCCAAAGGGCUGGACCGUGUCGUCAGCCUCGCGUGUGGUCAGUGAUGGUCUGGACGGGCCAAGGAGACUCUGGGCUUGAGCCCAGGUCUCCCGCAUGGCUCAGCUGCUGAAUUCUACCUUGAGGCUCUUUGGUGGGUGACCCAGCAAGGGCCCUGUGUAGGACAGCAGGAGGGAGGCGUCGGGGGGCCUUAGCAGAAGGAGAACGACGAGGGCAUUUCAUGAACCAUCUCAGGCACUUCUGCAUCACUGAAGACCCGGCCCUCCCAGCCGUCCUGGGGAUGCUCAGGGUGCAGGCAGAGGCUCAGGAGGCCGGACUCAGGGGUCAGGAGCAGGGACUGGGGCAGGUGAGCCCGGACAGGGGAGAGGGGCUCUGAUCAAAGCCAGCCAUGCUGCUGGCCAGGGGCCCAGGUGGGCACAAGCUCCUUUGCGCUUUGCACAAACCUGAAUCCCCCACCAGAGAGGAUGUGUGUGAGGAGCCAGGAACACUGAAUCCAAUUAAGAGAGAAAAAUAAUAAUAACAAUAAACGAUCUUGGACAAGAA